GCAACAAUGUUGUAUGAUAGAACUGGCCAUGUGUACAAUAUUUGAGCUAUCGACGACUGAUCGUCUUAUAAUUACCUCAACUUAUUUUAAAUCUUUAACUUGACAUUCAUUCUCCGAUUGUUACUUGCAGCUUAUGAGCGAUACAACAGAAGCUUGCGACAUAAAUUGGAAAUGGCAGAUUCGGAAGUGCUGGUGGAGGCGAACUCAGAUGUCCCCCACAACACGUCCCUACCUCUUCUGGCCUCCCCCGGAGAACGGAGUCUGGUAGUGUGUAAAAGUGGCUACGGGAGGUACCAUUCCAAAGUGCAGUUGUUCACACAUUCCUGGCUCCCAGAGGAUCCAUCGGCAGUCAAAGCCAUCGUCUAUCUUAUACAUGGACUACACGGACACUGUGUAGUGUUUCACGAGAUGGCAGCUCUCUUUGUGCAAUAUGGUCUGGCAGUCUACUCCCACGACAACUACGGUCACGGGAGGAGUGCGGGGGUGAAGGUGCUACCUCCAGACUUCAAUUUCUACUGGCGCGAUGCAGUCGACCGCAUCAGAGAAGUGUCCAGUCUACACCCGGGAGUACCAGUGUUCGCUUUUGGACAUUCUCUGGGUGGCCUGAUAGUGGUGGAUGUGAUGCUGGAGUUGCAGAAAGAGGCGAAGCCACUCUCUGGUGCUGUUCUCAUGUCCCCCGCUCUCGGGAAAAACCUCAACAUGUCUAAGCUUAGCGUCCUCGAGUUCCUGGCUGCUCCUGUGAGCAAAGUGCUGCCGUCAUUCCCUGUACCAACUAAUCUCAAAGUGUCAAACUUCACAAGUGUAAGAAAAAAGCAAUUAGAGAAUCUAGAAGACCCUCUGGUGUACCAUGGCCAGCCAAAAUUAAAACACGUGGUGAUGAUAACAGAAGCGAUGGACAAGAUUCCCGCUAAGACUCAACAGCUCAGUACUCCCUAUCUGCUAGUGAGUGGAGAUCGGGACGUCAUAACUCCACUGGGACCCAUGCGCACAUUCCACCAGACGGCACCGGACAAACUGGACAAGUCUUUUAGGGUGUAUGCUGGAAUGCGACACGGACUGUAUCAAGAGAAGAGAGACGUGAGAGAGCGACUGUUCCAGGACAUGAUCCAGUGGGUCUUGGAGAGACAGAAGACGUCUUCACCAACUGCAGACAACAGCAACAGUUGUCUGCAACAGAUUGGGACAGUCAUAGAACACAAUAACUAUGAUAGCAAUACGACAGUCACAGAAAACAACUCUUAUGCUACUAGCAUUGCUGCUGCAGCAGUUGUACACGAAGAAUGAGUGGGUCUUGCUCAUGCGCGAAGGUUCGAAUCCCUCAUGCGCGAAAAUGUUGUCAGCCAAUCAGAAUUCAUUUUUUAUAAACUUCGAACAAUAUAAGCGAUAAUAUCAGUUUCGACAGAUUAAAGGGCAUUGAUUAGAUAAGAAUUUUUGUGCAUUCGGUCCUUCGCGCAUGAGAAUAGCCCCCAAAGAAUGUUUUUAAGCUGUAAAAUUGAAGUCCAUAUGCUGCAAUAAGUUAAAAUAAAUUAAAGUUCCUACCUUGAAGACGCAACGCAGAGGUGAUCAUGUUUUUUCUAUAAAAGGAGGUUCAUUUAUUGCUUCUAUCACUGUAGCAAAGACUGCUUUGAAGAAAAAGGGUAUGACUCAUGCAAUUUUGUUCGCUUAUGCAAUUGUGCCUUCUCGGUAAGAGUUCGAGUUUAAAAAUGCAUACAAGUUGUUAUAAUAAACUAUCAAAAAAAACCAAAACUGGCUGAAAAAACUCAGUGGAGACAGUUUGAGAAAUGAAGUCAGUGCGCAGAAAUUUUUCUAAGGGGGCAGUUUUGUUAGGUCGACAAAAUUGAUUUUCCGAGCUCUCCGAAAAUACUAUAAUGAUCCUAUUUUGACAAAAAUUUUAUGUUAUGCGCCGCAGUCAAAUUUUUGAAAAAAAAAAACAGGCUACAAUGACGUUCUGAGCACUCGAGCAAACUCUUCCCUCAAUUUUAGUUAUAUUGGUGCCAAAAGCGCCUAAAGAAAAAUUUUGAUGUUGGUCAGCCAAAAAUGGAAAAUUUUUCAUGUUGGCCAGCCAAAAAUGGAAAAAAAUUUCAUAUUGGUAAAUGUAAAAUUUUUGAUGUUGCGGUGCUCUCUCCCUAUUUAUAUUGAAUCUUUUUUCACUCUCA